GCACUUUUCGAUGGUCACGUUACCAAUGUACAUUUAUCACCAGAUGUAGGUAUCGAGACCUAGCCAAAAGUUUAGUGAAUCCCGGGAUGACUGGUAAUCUGCCAUGCGAGUGGUUUGUUUCAGUAACUCUUUUAGGUUCUUCACGUUUACGAAAACCAAUAUCACCAUCAUGGUGCAAACCAGUAAUGCUUGUUGGCAAUAAUUUAUAAUUUCGAACUUUUCCUACUGUAAGUUAAGACUUAGCACACCAACUCUCAAUCUGUUACUAAGUUGCACCAUCGCUUUGCAUUCUCCCAUUUUAGUGUGCAUGACAUGUACAUAAUUUAUUCUAGUAGGAGCCAAGUCUUAUCGGGCUCAUUAAUUUCUCUGGUUACAUAUAUAUAUAGUUGAUGCGAGUUUCAUCUUAGAAUCACACUCAGUAGUUUAAGCGAAAUGUCUUUCAUGAAAAUACACGUUUGUUCUAAAUUGUUUUUUCCUCAUUGAUUUUAGUUACUAUUCUCUCUCUGUGAUAUAAACUUAGUGUCCGAUUUGAUUGCCCUGCAUAGAGUCAUUCCGUUUGUAACUGCUUCAUGGUUUGGUUUCACCUACCGUUAUUUCGGAGUUUCAAUUACGUUAAUCGGAACUUACUGUCUACGCGUGUUAAAUUGAGUCCAUUAGCCGAUGCUUUUAAUUACCAUAGUUUAAAAACAAAGGAUGAACAUUUAAGCAAAACGACAGGACUUUUUGGCCACCCGGUUUUGACGUCUCCUCACAGUUUUCAAAGUCUGGUUGAGUCUGCUAUCGGAGAGUGCCAUGUGUUGUGUGAUGAAGCUACUUCUCAGACAAGAGUUAGGAAAAUAGUCCAGAUAUUAGACGAUCUAUCCGAUACAUUGUGUCGAGUUGCUGAUUUAUCUGAUUGUAUACGAAUGCUUCAUCCAGAUCAAGCAUAUCGCUAUUCUGCACUGAAAGCAUGCCAGUCAAUUGGUCAACUUGUUGAAGAAUUGAAUACUAAUUCAAACUUAUAUAAUGCCUCUGUUCGUGCAAGUAGUUCAUCUCAAGUGGAUAAAUUAAUUCCAGAUACACAUAUGGAUAAUGUUGAUAGGCGUGUACUCGAUUUAUUUGUAGCUGAUUUUGAACUAUCUGGUGUACAACUACAGGAUCCCUGUCGACACGAACAAUUUGUGCAUGCUGCUUCAUUUGCCUUAAAUUGUGGUGCUAAAUUUAUUGAAGGUUGCCAUAGUACAGUAACUUAUCCAUCGAAGUAUUCAGCAAAUAGUUAUUCAAAUUCAAUUGAACUUGUUCAUCCACUUAGUGAUCAUCCAGAUCCUUCUAUCCGUCUAUCCACCUAUUGUGCAUAUUAUGCACCCAUUCAAGGCCAAGAAAAGUGUCUAGAACAACUUUUGAGUGCACGACAUGAAAUGGCACAAGCAGCUGGCUUUCAAAAUUAUGCUAAACGUGCCACGCUCUAUAGUUUAGCUGAAACACCUGAGAAUGUAGACGAAUUCCUUCAGCAUGUUUGUAAGAAACUUCGUCCUAUUUCAACUGAAGUAGCAAGAAAACAGUUAUUACCAAUCAUAAAAAACUCUUAUCGAAAAACGAAGAUGCACAACUUGCAAACAGAUUGUAAUGCAAAUUUAAUUUGGCCUAGUGAUUUACCCUUUGCACUUGGUGUUAAACGCCAGGCAUUAUGUAGUCGUCAUUUGACAGAUUAUUUUUCAUUGGGUGCAUGUAUGGAAGGUGUAAGUCAAUUGGCCAAUUGUCUAUUUGGAUUACGUCUAGAAGUUGUACCGGUACAACCUGGAGAAGUAUGGCAUCCAUCUGUUAUCAAAGUUCAUGUCUAUUCGAAUAAGAAUAAUUCAACAGAACCAAUUGGAAUAGUCUAUUGUGAUCUGCUUGAUCGUCCUGGUAAACCUGCCCAAGAUUGUCAUUACACUAUACGUGGUGGUCGAUGCCUAGAUAAUGGUUCUAGUAAUCGAUCAUAUCAAUCUCCAAUUAUAACACUUCAAUUGACGGUAUCUCCGCCUGAAUCAAAUUCUAAACCACCACUUCUUAGUAUAGGACAAGUUGAAAAUUUAUUUCAUGAGUGGGGACAUGCAUUACAUUCUAUGCUUGCACGUACACGAUAUCAACAUGUUACUGGACACGAUCCGCGUGUAGUAUCAGAAUAUGCUCGACAUUGGAAAACGGGUCAGAAACCAGGUCCUAAUGAAAUAAUUGCAUUACAACGAUUAUCCAUUGGUCUAGGACUUGGUCAAAGUUUAGAAGUUAGUCAACAGGCUACCUAUGCUAUUCUGGAUCAAGUUUUACACUCAGGUCCUAUUGAAAAUACUUUACUGCCUUAUGCAAAAUCAACUCACGAAUCAGAUGGGUUAUGGCCUGCAUCCUCUAAAUUAUUAUCAGAUAUUCAAUGUAAAGUUGGACUAUCUGAUUGGUCUAGUUGUUCACCAGCUCAUCUAGGCGCAUGGCCUCAUCGUUUUACUCAUUUAGUCAAUUACGGUGGACGCUAUUAUGCUUAUUUGAUGGCAAAAGCUGGAGCUAAUCUUGUUUGGAGGCGUUAUUUUUCCAAAGAUCCUUGGUGUUCCUCAAGUGGACAGCUUUAUAUGGAAAAAUUAUUAUGUCAUGGUGGCGAGUAUCCUCCAGCUAUUCUACUUUCGGACCUUUUGAAUUGUGAUGAUGAGAUCAACAGUCACAAUGUAUUAUUAUCUCCUAAAAAGUUAGCUGAAGGUUUAACUGAUCAGUUGGAAGAAAUGGAAAUGGCUUCAACUUCUUUACUGAACCGUAUUGAAUCACCGAGUUUAUUCAGACCAGAAUCAUACCAUUAAUAGCAAGAGAGAAGAGAACUUAUUAAUUGUGACAUAUCUUGUUGUUGAUGAUACCUUGUAAAUACAUCAGCUAAUUAUUUUCCUAAAUGCUGAUAUAUUAAUUUGUUGUUUUUGUCAAAUAAUUUAGAACACGCAACAAAUAGAAGCUUUCGUUUUUGGUAUAACGUAAUUCACUUCUCGCAUCUUGGCCAUAUCUCGAACAAUGAACGUGAAUAACUGUUUUCUUUCCUA